UAAAUGAUUAAUAAUGUAGGUAAUGUUGGGAAAAGAUAAAGCUAUAGGUGUCAUUUAUCAUAGGUUUACUAAUUGUCAGGCACUGUGCUCGAUCCUAUGGAUUGGCUCAUUUAAUUCCAACAAAAUAAGAAGAGGUGGGACAGAUAGGAGGCAUCUACCAUCAGGGACCAGACGCACCAAUGGUCUCUGUUCUCUGAUCGGCUUUUUUACGGAAUUCCGUCUGUGAUUCAUGCAGCGGCAAGCAGGCCUCUCUCCACCUCGAGGUGGGCUUGAGAAGUUGCAAGGCUCCACCCACGCGCUUGCGCACAAAGGCCCCUUCGGAGGGGGCGGGGCCUGAGCGAGCACAAAGGGGCCUGAAGGAGUUGAGCGCCCGAGCUGCGCUGGGCGUUGCCGGGUGAAGCGAGUGUCGCCGAGGCCGCUACAGUUGGCCUCUCGCUGGCCCAGCGCAGCCCACGGAUCCCGAGUGGAGAACACGAGCACCGCCGGACUCGCUGGCGAGCUCCCAAGCGGGGCGCCCCGGCCUCUCAAGGAUGGCCGAGCGAAGGUUACCCGGGCGAGCAGGACCCACGGAAAUAACUGGUAAUAAGACCUCUGUAGCCAUGGCUAGUUCUGAUGUGAAACCAAAAUCAGUAAGUCAUGCCAAAAAGUGGUCAGAAGAGAUAGAAAAUCUGUACAGAUUUCAACACGCAGGAUAUCGAGAUGAAAUUGAAUAUAAACAAGUGAAGCAAGUUUCUAUGGUAGAUCGUUGGCCAGAGACAGGAUAUGUGAAGAAACUUGAGAGACGGGACAAUACUUUCUAUUACUACAACAGACAGAGGGAAUGUGAUGACAAGGAAGUCCACAAAGUGAAAAUUUAUGCUUACUAGCCUUACUUCUUGGUAAUACCUGUCAUUAUCUUUUUAAAAAUCCACUGUUUGAUUCUACAUCAUGUAAGUGUCAUUUUACAAAAGACUCCAAAAUGCAGACUUCAAUGGAAUGUUUUGAGACACCAAAGCCAUGAAACGUGGUCUCUAGUAAUCAUCCCGUUCUGUUCUAAAAUAUAACUGCAGUAGCAUUCCA